AUGGCUUCCCCUGUUAUUGUGUCCAAUCCUUUGGUCUACUUCUUCUUGAUCAUUCUUCUGUUUCCCUCUAAAUUCAUGCAACUCUGCAUCGAGGAGGAGAGGAAGGCCCUCCUCAGUGUGAGAGCUGGCAUCCCGGAUGUCAAUAAGAAGUUAAGACCAUGGAGGGGCUAUGACUGCUGCAGCUGGGAAGGCGUCGGCUGCAACAACAUCACAGGUCACGUGACAAUACUUGACCUCUCUGCUGAUUAUGGAGGAGCUCCAGCCGAGGUACACCCUUCGUUAUUUGAUCUGAAGCAUUUAAUUGAGUUGGACUUGAGCUACAACAACUUCCAUGGAGCUCCACUUCCUGUGUUGAUUGGAUCUUUGACAAUGUUAGAGCGCUUGCAUCUCUCUUAUACUUCAUUCAGUGGUGGAAUUCCCUACCAGCUAGGCAAUCUCUCCCAUCUUCGUUACUUGGAUCUCUCUUAUGCUGCAUUCAGUGGAAAAAUUCCCUACCAGCUAGGCAAUCUCUCCAAUCUUCUUUCCUUGGAUCUAAGCUAUAACAGUAUCAGCGAAGAGAUACCAGAAAGUAUUGGAAACCUUAAAAACUUACAAGUUCUGGACAUGCCUGGUAACAAAAUUGUUGGAGCCAUACCUGAUGCCUUGGGCAGUCUCUGCAACCUGAGUGAAAUCAAUCUCUCUAAUAACAGUAUAACAGGGGAACUUGAUUACUUCUUUGAACAACUAUCUAGAUGCAGAAGCAAAAGCAGAUCAACUGUUCUCGAGCUUAGUUUCAAUCAAUUGAAGGGCUCAGUUCCAACAUCAUUGGCAAAGUUAUCUACAUUACUACAGUUAAGCUUGUCUUCAAACGGCUUGGUUGGAGUCCUCACAGAUGCUCACUUCGCCAAUCUCACAAGUUUAGAUACAUUGGAUCUAUCUCAGAACAAUUUGUCAGUCGAGGUAAGUGAAGGUUGGCUUCCUCCAUUUCAAGCAACUGAAAUAUACAUGUCCUCUUGCAACUUGGGACCCAGAUUUCCUUCGUGGCUACGAAACCAAACUAAAUUUAUAACCUUAGACAUGUCGAAUAAUAUAAUAUCAGGAGCUUUACUGGAUUGGUUUUGGCACUCUUUAAGAUACUUCAGCCCUGGAAAUAUAUAUCUAAGUUACAACAACUUUGAAGGCAUGCUUCCAAACAUACAAAUCAAGGCAGCGUUGUUGGAUCUGUCUCACAAUUUUUUCUCAGGUCCAAUUCCAGAAAGCUUAGUAACUCCAUGUUUCAUUGUGUCCAACAACAGACUGAAUGGCAGCAUCCCAUCCUCCAUUUGUGCAGCAAAUGUGCAAAUUCUGGAUUUUGGACACAAUGGUUUAUCUGGAGCACUCCCUGAUUGUUGGGGCAAUUCAUCAACAUUGAGCUUCAUUGACGUUUCCAACAACAAAUUAUCCGGUGGCAUCCCCAAAACAUUCAAGUUUGCAGCCACUCUCCAAUCACUGCAAUUGAGCAACAAUAGUCUAUCUGGUACAAUUCCCUCAACCUUGCAACAUUGUAGGGAACUCAAGGUUAUCGAUUUCAGUAGGAAUGACUUGUCUGGUGCCAUACCCAGUUGGAUCGAAAGGAGAUUGUUGUCCUUACGGGCCCUUUCUCUAAGAUCAAAUAAGUUCGCCGGUGCAAUCCCAUUGCGCCUAUUAUCGAUCCCUUCUCUCCAAGUGCUAGAUCUCGCUCACAAUCUUCUCUCUGGCUCCUUACCUCCUUACUUUGCUAAUUUUACCCCCAACAUCAUCUUUGCUGACUUUCUAAUGGGGAACAUCAUCUUAAUUGCAAAGGAUUUAACACUUGAUUUCACUUUGAGCACUCGUGUUAGUAGCAUUGACCUCUCUAAUAACAAUCUCUCUGGCAUGAUUCCUAGAGAGUUGACAAAUCUUAGUGACCUUCACUUCCUCAACCUAUCCUCAAAUAAUUUCUCAGGAAAUAUACCAGAUAACAUCAAGCUAAUGAGUCAACUAGAAUCACUUGAUCUUUCAAACAAUCAGUUGUCAGGAGGAAUUCCUCCCAGUAUCUCUUCUUUAAAUUUUCUCACCAUCUUAAACUUAUCUUAUAACAAUCUUGUUGGAGAAAUACCAGCAGGCUCUCAGCUUCAAACCUUUACUAACUUGUCCUACAUCGGCAAUCCCAAGCUUUGUGGGAAGCCACUAUCAAGUAAGUGCCCAGGCGACAACCCGACCAUUGACAAUGGAAUCACAAAAGAAGAGGACAUGCAUGAAGACGAUGAGCAUGGAAGAAAAUGGUACUUCAUUGGAUUUGCCCCUGGAUUUGUGUUUGGCUUUUGGGGAUUCAUGGCUGCAGUUAUGAUAAAGAAGAGCAUAAGAAUCAAAUACAUCCUACUCAUUGACAAGAUUUGCACUUGCUUUACAUGA